GGGGGGUGUAGUUCGACUCCGGAGCGAAAGGAGGUGCUGCGCCAAAGGGAUUUGUGGGCUGAUGGAAUCCUAUGUACUAUGAAGGAAGGAACAAAGGUCCUUAAAGUAAGACGACCUGUUUCUGGUCCCGGCUAGUCAUUGAUUGUGACUUAUAUAACAGGUUUUCCAGUCCUGUGCUUUCCUGUCACACACCCUACCUCUAAACACGUCAACAACAAUAUGAAGAAAUACCAGAUUUGGCAGCCAGCCAAUCUUUAGCAAUGGACCCAGAAGCAACCUCAGUUUAUUUGGAUUAUUUCUACGCUACCAGCAAAAAUCCUGAUCUUGAGGACACCCACUCCCAUGUUCCUUAUACAUCGAUCUUCCUUCCAGUCUUUUACACAGCUGUGUUCCUGACUGGAGCAUUGGGGAACCUCAUCCUCAUGAGCGCCUUGCAUUUCAAACGGGGCAGCCGAAGACUGAUCGACAUCUUCAUCAUCAACCUGGCCGUGUCUGACUUCAUUUUUCUUGUCACAUUGCCUCUCUGGGUGGAUAAAGAAGCUUCUUUAGGACUGUGGAGGACAGGCUCCUUCCUGUGCAAAGGCAGCUCCUACAUGAUCUCAGUCAACAUGCACUGCAGUGUCUUCUUGCUCACCUGCAUGAGUGUUGACCGCUACCUGGCCAUCGUGUGCCCAGCCAUAUCCAGGAAAUUCAGAAGGAGAGACUGUGCCUAUGGAGUCUGUGCCAGCGUCUGGUUUAUCUCCUGCCUGUUGGGUUUGCCUACUCUUCUGUCCAGGGAACUCACCCUGAUUGAUGGUAAGCCAUACUGUGCAGAGAAGAGGGCUACAUCCACGAAACUGACUUGGGCCCUGGUGGCCUUAAUUUUUACCUUCUUCGUCCCUUUGGUGAGCAUUGUCACCUGCUACUGUUGCAUAACAAGGAAGCUGUGUGCGCAUUACCAACAGGCGGGGAAACAUAACAGAAAGCUGCGGAAAUCCAUAAAGAUCAUCUUUAUUGUUGUGGCAGCCUUUGUCUUCUCCUGGCUGCCCUUCAAUACUUUCAAGCUCCUGGCCAUUGUCUCUGGGUUGCAGCAAGAAGUCUACUUUUCAUCAGCUUUUCUCCAGCUGGGCAUGGAGGUGAGUGGGCCUCUGGCAUUUGCCAACAGCUGCAUCAACCCUUUCAUUUACUAUAUCUUUGACAGCUACAUCCGCCGGGCCAUCGUGCACUGCUUGUGCCCUUGCGUGAAGAACUAUGACUUUGGGAGCAGUACAGAGACAUCAGAUAGUCACCUCACUAAGGUUCUCUCCAACAUCAUUCAUGCAGAGGAUUUUGCCAGAAAAAGGAAGAGGUCUGUAUCACUCUAAAAGUGACUGUGACAUUUCAAUCUCUGUUCAUAGACUGGAGAGUUAAUUGGUGUCAGCAACAAAGAAAGAGGAAAAGUAUUGCUGAUACUAUUCAUAGUGCUUCAUAAAUACAAGAAGAGUUUAUUUUUAAAGAGAUGACUGAAAAGUACCUGUGUUCAUGGGUAUGAUUGUGUCAUAUGCUGGUUUGGGGGUUUGAGUUUUUUGUUUUUGCUUUUAUUUUUGUUUUUUUUUGUUUUGGCUGACUGGACUUCUUUGUUUUUAAUCAAGUUCACAAGGCAAAUACAACUGCUAUGGUCCUUGAACUCUGACAGAAAGGCUCUGCUUGGAUCAAUUCCUUUCUUCAUGAUUGCUUAUGUACGUUCAGGACUUUUCCUCUCUCAAGAACCAUGGUGCCUUGAUCCACACCACCCUUCAUACUGGGCUCCAAUUGGACUACAUCUGAAUGAUUCUGCCCACUUUCAUCUAGUGAGAAAAGUGGUAACAAUGCAGAUAGCAAAAAUUAUACCUGUGCCCUGUAAUUAAUUGUUACUGAGUAAUAAAUUAAGAGUCUGGCCUUAA